AGACCUUUGGUGUCACUUGCGAAUCUUGGAUCUUAUACCCUUCGAAACGAAACGAAACCUGACCCGACGAUCGAACGAACUACACGGCCGAACCAUUUUUUCGAUUUGACCAACACGUUCCUUUUCUUUUUUACUCUCUCUCAUAUCUUCCCUUCGACUGUCCGUAUAAUACUUUCCGAAAUGCGGUACAACAGGAAUGGGCUCGUAGUAGCCCUGUCCUUUCUUCUAGCUGCUCAGUCCGCCCAGGCUGGCCCUAUCUGGACUGGCAGAAUAGCCCGAAGAGCUCCUGGAGCUUUUCUAGAUAUUCGAAAUGAAAACACACAAGCUGCCCCUACUGCGGCUGACCAUGGCUCUGGUGGCUCAGGCCAAGACAGCGAGUCGACUCCGCGACCCAUCUUCUCGACUCUGGACUCAGAUAUAAACAUCCCUCAGUCCUUCGUCUCUCAGUCUCCGAACGGCGAGAAGGAUGCCGAGGGCCCUGCCGAGCCUGUCGAAGUUAUCCCCAUCGACCAGACCACCGACGCUCCCGCGCCUACGACAGUUGCUGAGGAGACUUCAGAAAAGUCUGUGGAGCAGCCUGCUUUUACUCAGAACCCCUCCGAGGCCAUUGUGACGACUUCUAUUGUCCCCAAGGAGCCCGCGUCCGACCCACAGACGUCUUAUGCCCCAGCGGUAACGUCUUCUGCUGCGCCUGAGGAGCCCGCCAGUAGCGCACAGGAAUCUUCUCCGGCGAUUCUGACGACUUCUAUUGUACCUCAGGAGCCUGCAUCCGACUCACAAGAAUCUUCUGCCCCGGCUGUGACUUCUUCAGCCGUGGUUGAGGAGCCAGCUGGCAACACGCAAGAGUCUUCUCCUGCGAUUGUGACAACCUCUAUUGUGCCCAAGCAGCCCGAGUCGGAAUCUCAACAGCCUUCCGCUCCCGCCGAGACGACUUCAGCAGCGCCUGAGGAGCCUGUGUCCAACACACAAGCCUCUUCUGUCCCGAUCCUGACAACCUCGAUCGUGCCCAAGGAGCCCGUCAACACUCAGCCCGCGUCUUCUUCUACCGAGGAGCCUAACUAUACCACAUCUGCCCCGGCCGAGAAUGAGACGACGAGCAAGGCUGAGACUUCCAGCCAAAUGGCUCCUGGCUCCGAGCCCGCUGUGGGUGAGACCACCGCAGCCGCAGAGGUUCCCACCAUGUCUGCCCAGAAGCCCGAGGCCACAGGCACCGAGAGCCUUCAGUCGAGCGUCGACCUCGGAGACAUGAAGCCCUCGUCUGAAGUCAAGACUGAGUCUGCUCCAGCUGAGAAGACCACAGCCCCUGAGGUGCCUUCUGCUCCUGCUACCUCGAGUGCGCCAGCCAAGGAGCAAACCGAAUCGGAGCCGCGGUUUAACACGGUGCCUCCUCCUGAGCAGGCAAAUUCUGCCGCCGAGACAUCUCAGGCUUAUGCUCCCAGUUCUACUGCUGCCGUGUCUACUGAAUCCAUCGCCAAGCCCAGCGAGCCCGCCCCUGUCUUCUCCACGGUCGUGCCCCCUGGAAGCUCGGCAGUUGAGUCUGAGUCUGCUACUGCUACUACUAGUGUUGUUUCCGUGGUUGAGCCCAAGGAGCCCGGUGUUCCAACUUCAUCUGCCGCUCCAGCUCAGCCCGAAACACCUGCCACAACUUCUGAAGCAGCCCAGCCCGGCAGUCAAGCCCCCUCGUCUCAGUCGGCGGAACCCAACAACCCUGUCCCAACAUCUGAGGCCAAGGCUUCAACUGCUCCGGCUGAGACCUCGGUGGUUCAGCAACCUGACACUCCGGCUCCGAGCUCGCAGCCGGUACAGCCCGAGAACCCUGCCCCGACUUCUGAGGCUCAACAGCCUAGUGCUCCUGUCCCUACCUCUGCUGCUCAAGAGCAACCUGAUGCCCCGGCUUCAUCCUCGACAGCUGCUCAGCCUGGAGUUCCCAACUCCAACACUCAGCCCGCCGCUGCUCCUCCCACCAGCACCGUCGUCGUCUCGGACCCAUCCUCCCCCGAGACUUCAUCGGCGAACAAGAUCGUUCCUACUGGCGAGCCUGACCCAGCGGUGCCAACAGUUAACCCUGGUGGUAUCCCCACGGGAACCAGUACCAUCCCCGCCGCUGCCUACGCCAGCAACGUAGUCAAGGCACGAGAGUACAAUGAGAACUUCGCCGGUCUGACCCCUGAGUCCGCCUGUAUGGCAGGCCAGGCUGCUUGCAUCAACGGCCAGAUUGCCGUCUGCAACAGUGCCGGUGCCUACGACCUCCGGGCCUGCGGAAAUGCUGAGGAGAAGUGCUUUGCCCUGCCCAUGUCCAACGUCCCUGAUGGUGUCAGAAUCGCCUGCGAGGACCCGACUCUAGCGGGAAAGAUCCUGGGUGGAAGCCCCAGCACUGGUGGCGGUAACAGUGAAAACGGCCAGCCGAGCAAUGGAAACGACGAGGGGCUGCCAGCAACUACAUCGGCGGCUCAGCAGAAGCCUAACCCUCCCGUGGUGACGGUCACUACUAUCGUCACUAUCGACGAUGGCGCUCCCCAGCCGACCACUGAGCCUGCCGCCCAGCAGCCUUCUCAGCCCGUUCAGGAACAGCCAAGCCAGCCUGCCAACGAGCAACCCGCUCAGCCUGCUCCCGUACAGACAGAGUUUCCUAUCAACCAUGUGUCAAGCCAGCCUGUUCAGGAGCAACCUGCUCAGCCAACUCAACCUGUUCAGGAACAGCCUAGCCAGCCCGCUCAAGAGCAGCCUGUCUCUCAACAACCUACACAGCCUGCCCAGGAACAACCGGCUCAACCCACUCAACCCGUUGCUGAGCAGCCGUCCCAGCCUGCCCAGCCAGCCCCUGAGCAGCCCAGUCAGCCAUCUCAAGAACAGCCUGUCUCCCAGCAGCCCACUCAACCUGUUGCAGAGCAACCAACUCAGCCGGCCCAGCCUGUUCCUGAACAGCCAACCCAGCCUGCCCAGGAACAGCCAGCUCAACCCACACAGCCCGUUGCGGAACAGCCCUCGCAACCUGUUGCAGAGCAGCCUUCUCAACCUAUCCCUGAGCAACCAACUCAGCCUGCCCCGGUACAGCCUACCCAGCCGGCUCAAGAGCAACCUGUCCAACAGCCAACGCAACCUGUUGCUGAGCAGCCUUCUCAGCCAGCUCAAGAACAGCCGGCUCAACCAGAGCAGCCAACUCAACCUGCCCAGGAACAGCCUGUUCAGCCCACUCAACCAGUCGCUGAACAACCUUCUCAGCCGACCCAGGAGCAACCUGUUCAGCCUACUCAACCAGCUCAGGAGCAACCAGUUCAGCCUACUCAGCCGAUCCCUGAGCAGCCGACCCAGCCCGCUCAAGAACAACCACCCACCUCCGCUCCCGUUGUUGAGCAGCCCACUGCCGCUCCCUUGCCCGGCACGACUCUCACAAAGUCUAUCAAGAAGCCCGGCGACACCCAGCCAACCUCGGCCCCCUCCAGCGACGAGCCCACGCCCAUCGAACUCAUCCCCAUCGACGGCCUGGAAAGUAGCGCAGCUCCGGCCCCGGCGGCCACGGAAGCAGCUAAUGCCGGCGAUUCUCAGGAGAAGGAUAAGAGUAAGAGCCCCGAGAAGGGCCAGGAGAAAGUGGCCAUCACCAGGACCGGCGACGACGCCCACGCCACUACCAUCAUGGUCGACGGCGUCCCCACCGUGUCCGUGUACUUUACCGUGACGGUGACGGAAAAGGACCAGCCUACUGCCACGGUCACCGAGAAGGAGACGGUGACGUUGGUGAUUAGCGCAUAG